AACGGGAUCGUUCACAGGGACCUGAAGCUGGAGAACAUCCUUCUCGAUGCCAACGGGAACAUCAAGAUUGCAGACUUUGGGCUGUCCAACGUUUACCAGCAGGACAAACUUCUGCAGACGUACUGCGGCAGCCCUCUGUAUGCAUCUCCCGAAAUCAUCAACGGGAGACCCUACAAGGGCCCGGAGGUGGACAGCUGGUCCCUGGGCGUUCUCCUCUACAUCCUGGUCCACGGCACGAUGCCGUUCGAUGGCCACGACUACAAGACUCUGGUCAAGCAGAUCACAAGCGGGGACUACCGGGAGCCCACAAAACUGUCUGAUGCCUGCGGGCUAAUCCGCUGGAUGCUGAUGGUGAACCCAGAGCGCCGUGCCACCAUCGAGGACAUCGCCACUCGCCGCUCCUCCCGGCCCCUCCUGGAGAACAGCUCCAAGGUGCGAUGCUUCUUGAAGCAGCACAUCCCCGGUGUGGCCCUGGAGAGGCAGCGCUCCCUCAAGAAGUCCAAGAAGGAGAACGAUGUCUCCCACGCACUGCAGGAGGUGGCUCUGGCCCCGGAGAACCCCUCCAAGUCUAUCCUCAAGCGGCCCAAGGGCAUCCUGAAGAAGAGAAACUCCU